AUGGCCGCCAGAACGUCGUCGAGCCAGCGCGCUUGGCUCCCUCGAUGUCGAUGCUCAGACUCCCUCCAGAGAUUCGCCGGCGGGGUGCCGUACAUCACGUUCACCAUCUCCUUUGGAUUGCUGGUCGACAUGGCCGCAUAUGGGCUCAUGGUCCCCGUUCUCCCCUUCCGGCUCGAAUCGAUCGGCUACCACAACAUCCCCGCCAAGUCCUCGUACCUGAUUGCCGCUUUCGCACUCGGGUUGAUCGUCUCAUCAGUCCCCAUCGGCAUCUUCGGGGAAGUCGUCAAAGCACGCAAGACGCCACUGCUCUUCUGUCUGGUUUUUCUAGCUGCCAGCUUGAUCCUGUUCUGGCUUUCCUCGUCGUUUGUCGUCCUGAUCAUCGCACGACUUCUGCAAGGCGUCAGGUGA